AUGGCGGACAGCGAGUAUGCCGGCACUGCUGCUCGCAGCAUGUCCAAGGAUGAAGGUCGUCUACGCGAACUAGGCUAUAAGCAAGAACUGAAGCGCGACUGGUCAAUGAUCCACAACUUCGGUGUCUCUUUCUCCAUCAUUUCUGUCAUCACUGGUAUCACGACCCUGUUCAGCUAUGGACUGAAUACCGGCGGGCCGGCGGUCAUGUCCUGUGGCUGGCUUGUUGUCUCGUUCUUCACGAUGUUUGUCGGCUUGGGAAUGGCGGAGGUGGUGUCUGCGAUACCCAGCGCAGGGGGACCUUACUUCUGGGCUGCUAUCCUGGCACCGAAGCCAUGGGCCCCGUUCGCGAGCUGGGUUACAGGGUGGUUCAAUUUACUUGGUCAAGUCGCAGUCACCACCGGUAUCACCUUUGGCUGUGCGGGACUGAUUUCCACAUUGGCCAGUAUCAAUGGGUACGAAGCAACGGCAGGCAGAACACUGGGUAUCUAUGCGGCGCUUUUGUGCUCGCAUGGCAUUGUCAACUCUUUUGGUGUGCAUAUUUUGCGUUACUUGAACAACACCUCCAUAAUUCUACACUCUUUGGGCGUCUUCAGUUUUGCCGUCGCGGUCGUCGCUAAAGCUCCUCAUCAUCAGUCCGCCAAAUUUGUGUUUGCAACGUUCUAUGACGGUACUGGUGAUCCAGGAUGGUCAGUCAGGGCAUCCUCUGCCUAUGUCGCCUGCAUUGGUAUCCUGAUGUCACAAUAUACAAUUACCGGGUUUGACGCUAGUGCACAUCUGUCUGAGGAAACCCAGAAUGCGUCGUGGUCGGCGCCCAUUGGUGUUCUCAUGUCGAUUGGCUGCUCCGCUGUCUUUGGGUGGUUUCUCAUCCUUUGCCUUCUAUUCAGCGUCCAGGAUUUCCAGGCCACUCUGAACUCAGAGUACGGUAACCCGGUUCUUCAAAUCCUGGUCGAUGUGUUCGGCAAAUCAGGAGCUAUUGUGCUAUUUGUCCUGGUCAUUAUCUGCGUCUGGCACUGUGGUCUGUUCAGCUUGACCUCCAACUCGCGAAUGAUGUUCAGCUUUGCUCGCGAUGGCGGAAUCCCGCACUUCUUCCAUAACGUGGACGCGCGAUUUCGAAGUCCGAUUCGAACUAUCUGGCUUGCCGCAGCACUGGCUUUUCUUCUGGCAGUACCCAGUCUCGGAUCCUCUGUUGCAUUUGCUGCGGCAACUUCGAUCGCAACCAUUGGCCUCUAUAUAUCCUAUGGGCUUCCUAUCUUGAUCGGCAUGGUAAACCCGCAGGGCUUUAUUCACGGCCCUUUCAGUCUUAAAUGGGCUUCACGUCCUGUGGCACUGAUCGCAUGCCUGUGGAUCGGAUUCAUUACCAUCAUCUUCUGUCUGCCUGAGCUGAACCCAAUCAAUUCACAGACGCUGAACUACACCCCCGUGGCCGUCGGUAUCAUUGCGGUAUGGUGUCUUGCCAGUUGGUUUUUGUGGGCUAGGAAAUGGUUCAAGGGUCCCAUUCGACAAGUGGCCGCUGAAGUAGCCGGGGUCAAUGUUGAUGAUCCAGAUGCAAUGGACCGGGCUGAGCGUGAAGGCAGAAUCCCCGAACUUGACGAGGCUCAAAUUGGCAAUGAGAAGAGUCUGUUGACCACCAUGAAGCAGAAUUACAACUGA